CAAACUGUCAAGUGUCAAAGUGAAUUCGAACAUGGCUGCAGUGUAAUGUAAUUUGUAAAUUGUGUAUUUAAGUCCGAGCAACUGUAGAUGUACUGUUUAGUUUGUUCAUAUUUUUCUAUAUCACGUUGUUAAUGAUAUUUACAAUAACAUAAACGCAAAAAAGCCCAAAAUGGCUUAUGUAUGUCCGAAGGAUCUGGACGGUUUCAUGCCGCAUUUACCCAAAGCUGAUACAAAGUUUCGUCAGCAACUCGGCAUCGAUCUACUCGCUUACUUGGACGAACCAUCCAAUUCGAUAAUAUGCCAGGAUAUCGGACAAUUGAUCGACGGUCUAAUACCGUGGAUGCAGAGCAGUAAUUACAAGGUAUCGAGCAAUGGCAUUGAAGUAAUGACAUCAUUGAUAGACAGGCUGGGUCACGAUUUUCGUCCUUACUUACAAACUGUGUUACCGGCAGUCAUAGAUAGAUUAGGCGAUUCAAAAGAUACGGUCAGAGAGAAGGCACAGCUGCUGAUCCUUAAACUGCUCGAGCGUAACGUGCUCACACCCCAGACACUCCUCGAGAAACUUACGCCCGGAUUCACACACAAAAACGCGAAGAUUAGAGAGGAGGUUUUACGGUGCCUUGUAAAUACGUUAAAUGAACACGGAGCACAAUCAGUAACGCUCAGUAAGUUUAUAUCGUACAUAGUGAAGUUAUUAUCCGAUCCGACUGCGACCGUUCGAGAUACCGCCUUUAGUACUUUAGUCGACUUAUAUAAACACGUCGGCGAAAAAUUGAAAGUCGAUUUGCAAAGGCGCAACUUAGUUCCAAGUACGAGACUUCCCGCUUUACUUUUAAGAUUUGAUGAAGUUAAAAGUGCCGGUGAAUUACUUCCGACUGCGUGUUGUGCACUCGAUCUCGGAAUGGACGAAAUUGACAGGAUAUCUAUGCCAAAACCCGCCGUUCCAGUGAAGAAGGUUGGACUGCUAACGAGCGCGAGUAAGCGUACGGUUUCUGCGCCCAGCAAGAUGGCUGCAGGAGCGAGUGCUCCGAACUUGGCGACUGUAAGCAGAACUGGAUCGAUGCGGAAAGCCACUAGUGCAUCAGGAGCAGUGGACGAGAAGACCUUCACUUCUUCAUUCGAAGAGGUACCAAACACCCAAAUUUUCUCAGCAAGGGAACUGGGCGAGCAAAUGAAGGCAGUACAGGAAAUAAUUGCGGAUCCGAAUAAAGAAUGGUAUAAACGAGUGGAUGCGCUAAAAAAAGUAAGAGCGCUGGUCAUUGCGGGCGCUACAAAUUACGAGGAAUUCUACAUCAACCUACGUAAUUUGGAGAUUCCGCUUCAAGGCACACUAAAAGAUUUACGUUCGCAAGUAGUUAGGGAAGCUUGCAUAACGAUAGCGUAUUUAUCUCAAGUUAUCGGCAACAAAUUUGACCAUUGCUCAGAGUGCUUGUUAAACGGGCUGAUUAACCUCAUUCAAAAUUCAGCUAAAGUGGUCGCGACGGCUGGUAAUAUUACCGUUCGUUUCAUCCUGCAAUACACGCAACAUCACAGGUUAAUACCGAUUAUUACGACAAAUUUAGGUGGUUCCAAAAGUAAGGAGAUUCGACGAAGUUGCUGCGAAUUUUUGGAAUUAAUAUUAACUCAGUGGGCGACGCAUCCCCUAGAGAAACAUAUUAAUGUACUUCAGGAAGCUUUGCGGAAAGGUAUAGCCGAUGCCGAUCCCGAAGCUCGUGUUUGUUCACGAAGAGCAUUCCGUGGCUUUAAGGAUCACUUUCCCGAUCAAGCCGAAUCGCUUUUGCAAUCGUUGGAGCCCAGUUACCGCCGCGCCUUACAAGGGGAGUUGUGCCUCUCGAGCAGUUCAUCCAGCAACAGUUUGGCGCCGACUCCGGGUGUACGCACGCCUAGACAGUACCGAGUGCCUACGACGCCUCAAAGUGCUACAGGCAGUACAGAAAAUCUCUACAGUGGUGGAUUGCAGAGGGUUCCAUCAUUGCCUAGAAGCUAUAGACAACGUAGCUCUAUACCUGUUCUCUCCAGAGACAAUUCCAAAAAAGGAUUCCGAAGCAAUUCUGCCAUAGACUUGCAAGCCGCGCAAAGAGCGAAAGCGCGUGCGCAAUAUUCCGCAAUGACCCGACAAAAAGUCGCUUUCGGCACAGCGAGUUUACCUCCAAUAACAGCGUUAAUCAUUUUCUUGCUUUUGUUUCAUGUCUGUAGAGGGAGAGGUUGCGCAGCAAGGUAUUUAAUAUUUUUUAAUAAUUUAUUUUAGCGUUCUUUCUGCUUUUAAAUAAAAACUUCCGCUCUAAAAUACAACAGUGCACGAUUAAUAAAGUAUCAUUUGUAGGGUUCUUACAGAAACAACUGUUACUGUAGGGUUCAAUUGUUUUUUUUUAUUUCAACGAUUAUGAAACUAUUAUCGUUCCCGUUGCAACAUGUUAAUUUUUUUUACUGACACACUUUCCCAAUUUUUCAAAUAUUAACUGAAGUUUAAAUUGUUAUUGUUAAUAUAUUUAUCCAAAAACAAUAAUAUAAACUUACAGCAUCAGAAAAUAAACUAAACUAACAUUAUACAGUAAGGUCAUAGCAAUCCAAACUUCAGUAAUCCGAGGUUCUGUGCCAUCCAAGGUCCAAAAUUUUAAAAAAACGUGAAAACUUAUUUUU